CAAAAGCUAAGAAGAAGAAAAGAAAAAAAGCUUAAAAAAAAAAAGAUUUAAUUUCUACAGUUACAAACAAACAAAAAAAAUUUAAUUUCACAAAAUCUCAAUGGUGUCUCCGUUUCGUCAGAUUCUACAGACUUUUAUCAGCGGUAAACGGCGUAAGAAAAUGGCGAGCGGUAGUAGUGGUAGUAGCAAGCAAAAGAAAGGUUUCUCUGUUAACCCUAAAGAUUACAAGCUUAUGGAAGAAGUAGGACAUGGUGCUAGUGCUGUCGUCCAUCUUGCAAUUUAUCUUCCUACUAAAGAUGUCAUCGCUAUAAAGUGUUUGGAUCUCGAUCGCUGCAACAGCAAUCUGGAUGAUAUAAGGAGGGAGGCUCAGACCAUGAGUAUGAUAGACCAUCCCAACGUUAUAAAGUCGUAUUGUUCGUUUGCGGUUGGUCAUAAGCUCUGGGUGGUCAUGCCUUUCAUGGCUCAGGGUUCGUGCUUUCACCUAAUGAAGUCAGCAUAUCCUGAUGGAUUUGAAGAGCCUGCUAUAUGUUCCAUACUGAAAGAAACACUUAAAGCUCUUGAUUAUCUUCAUAGACACGGCCAUAUCCAUCGAGAUGUUAAGUCUGGGAACAUACUUCUUGAUGAUACUGGAGAGAUUAAGCUAGGUGAUUUUGGUGUCUCUGCAUGCUUGUUUGAAAACGGUGAUAGGCAACGUUCACGAAACACAUUUGUUGGUACACCAUGCUGGAUGGCACCGGAAAUCAUGCAGCCAGGAAGUGGAUACGAUUCCAAGGCUGAUAUUUGGUCUUUUGGAAUAACUGCGCUGGAGUUAGCUCAUGGUCAUGCACCUUUCUCAAAAUAUCCACCCAUGAAGGUACUCUUAAUGACGAUUCAAAAUGCGCCUCCUGGCCUUGAUUAUGACCGGGAUAAGAAGUUCUCAAAGUCCUUUAGAGAUAUGGUAGCAUUAUGUCUGGUGAAAGAUCAAACAAAAAGGCCAACCGCUGAAAAGUUGUUAAAACACUCGUUUUUCAAGAAUGCAAAGUCUCCGGAGAUUUGUGUGAAAAAGUUAUUUGCUGAUUUGCCACCUCUCUGGACACGAGUUAAAGAUCUUCAGGAUAAGGACGCUGAGCUUGCUAUGAAAGGACUUGACCAAGAAGCUGUAUCAAAGAGUGAAUACCAAAGAGGAGUAAGUACUUGGAACUUCAACAUUGAAGAUUUGAAAGAACAAGCAGCUUCGCUAGAUGAUGAUGAAAUCUUAGUAGAGGGUAGGGAAGAAGAUGAAUUUUUUGGCGAACGGUUGCGUAAUAGGGCCAGUAACAGAGGACAAGUGUCAUUGGAAGAUAUUAACGGGAAGGAAAAAGUUUCAGAUGCUUUCAAUUUAACUGCUUCUCCUGUUGAACCAGCAACACCAAGUCCAGAGCACGGUGUUCCACAGGCCAAGGCUAAGUCAGUGAGAGGCCAGACUCAUGAGAGUGGACCACUUUCACGCGAUAUUUCGUUGACUAAUUCCAACUCACAGAAAGGCCAUGUUUAUGCAAGGCCUGAGAGUAAACGAAGGCUGGCACCAUCAUCCCGUGUAGAACCUAGCUUCAGCGGUGCGUUGAGUCUUCCAAAGCGUGCUUCAGAAAACAGUUUCUCAGCUCCUAGCAAAUCUUCUGGAGGAGUCCGUGACUCUCUGGCUGACAAGUCCAAGGCUAGUGUGGUUCAAACCAAAGGAAGAUUCUCAGUAACAUCAGAGUACUUAGAUCUUGCAAGGGCACGCCCUUUGAGAAAAUCUACCAGUGUUAGUAUACUCGAAUCUAGAAUGCCCAUCAAGGAGUUAAGUAGUCGUCCUGCGUCGCCUUCGCCUCCUUCGUCUCCUUCGUUCAUCAUGCCUCAACUUCAAAAUCUGGUCCUGCAAACUUCAAAACAACAGGAACUUAUUAUUCAUUUGCUGCAAAGCUUACAAGCUACAGAAGCAACAGAUGGCUCCCCAAAUGGGAAGUUGCCACUUUUGCCUCGAGGAUCUGACAUCAAUGGAAUUGUUGUUGAACCAAUAUCUUCGGUGAGAGAAAGGUUACUACUUAACAAGAUCUCUGAGCUUCAGUCUAGGAUGAAAGAGAUGACUGAAGAACUUGAAGAAGAAAAGUCAAAACACACACAACUGCAGAAGCAAUUGAAAACACUUCUGAGUUACGCAGAAGCUUUUGCAGAAGAGUAAAGUAUAUUUUUGUACACUAAAAAACAGAGGGGACAGAUUUGGUUCUGUUCUAUGUGCAAAAGUAGACAGCAUUGGCCAGCUGUUUCUCACCGGAGUCCGGAGGUCUGUUUUUUUGUUUUUGUUUUUGUUUUUUUGUUUUGUUUUGGGUUGGGUUGUAAAUGAAACUUAUUACAUAUAUUUGUAUUAUUGUAC